GAACCUUGAGACGAGACGACAUCCGCCCUCAGCUGAUCACCGAAAGGUGACAUCAUUUGUUGGGAUGUGGCCAGCAGAUGUUAUAUUUAAACGUUAAACCACUGAACAUAAAACACUUGACAAACCCGGUUCAGAUAUUAUUAUACAAAGAAGUAAUUUUCUUCCUUAUUACACUGUUGACUUUUUUUGCCUUUUUAAUAAUAGAAAGAAGUAGCCGCGUCGCAGUCAACGGAUGUAACGUACCGUCGGUUACUUUGGAUGAAGGCGGUGCUAGCGGUGCCCGAGCAGCAAGCAGGGCCUCGCCUUUGUGGGUGUAGAAAGAGAAGAUGGCUCCCGUUCUGGAGAAACAGCUCACGGGUGCAGCCGGACAGGGCGACAACAACAAGGAAGACGAAGAAGGACAAAACCUUUGGACCUCAAUACUUAGUGAAGUUUCAACAAGUUCGAGUUCAAAAUUGCCAUCAGGAAAAAAUAUCCUGGUAUUUGGUGAGGAUGGAUCGGGAAAAACAACGCUCAUGGCCAAACUUCAAGGAGCUGAACACAACAAGAAGGGGAGAGGACUGGAGUAUCUUUACUUGAGCGUCCACGAUGAAGACCGAGAUGACCUGACUCGCUGUAACGUGUGGAUCUUGGACGGAGACCUGUACCACAAAGGCCUACUAAAGUUUGCCGUCACGCCUCAGUCGCUACCCGACUGCCUAGCCGUGCUCGUUGCGGACAUGUCGCGGCCCUGGACCAUUAUGGAGUCGCUGCAGAAGUGGGCCAGUGUGCUUCGUGACCAUGUGGACAAGCUAAAGAUUCCUCCAGAGGACUUGAGGGAAAUGGAGCAGAGGAUGGUAAAAGCCUUUCAGGAGUACACAGAACCGGAGGAUGCCACCCCAUCCUCCCCACGACGGGCCCCGACAUCGGGGGAAGAUGAGGCCAUUGUGCUGCCACUUGGGGACAACACACUCACACACAACUUGGGCAUUCCAGUGCUAAUAGUUUGCACAAAGUGUGAUGCGAUCAGCGUAUUAGAGAAGGAGCACGACUUCAGAGACGAGCACUUUGAUUUCAUCCAGUCCUGCAUCAGACGAUUCAGCUUACAAUAUGGCGCUGGCCUGAUCUACACUUCAGUCAAAGAGGAGAAGAACCUGGAUCUGCUUUACAAAUACAUCGUACACAAGCUGUAUGACUUUCAGUUCGCCUCGCCCGCCUUAGUGGUGGAGAAAGAUGCAGUGUUCAUUCCGUCUGGGUGGGAUAAUGAGAAGAAAAUUGGGAUUUUGCACGAAAACCUCACAACGGUCAGACCAGAAGAUCCGUUUGAAGAUUUCAUCAUAAAGCCUCCAGUUCGAAAGCUGGUUCAUGACAAGGAGAUAAAUGCAGAGGAAGAGCAAGUAUUCCUGAUGAAGCAGCAGUCUUUGUUAGCAAAGCAGCCGGCCACGCCAACAAGAGGCGCAACAGAAUCUCCUGGAAGGCCAGCCUCUGGGUCGCCCAGGCCAGCAGGACGCGCAGUUCAGUCAAGCGCAACCACCUCACCAAUGGCUUCUGUCAAGAAGCCUGACCCUAACAUGAAAGCAGGGGCUGCUAAUGAAGGAGUGCUGGCCAACUUCUUCAACAGUCUGUUGAGUAAAAAGACUGGAUCCCCAGGAAGCCCGGGAACCGGAGCAGUGGGAGCUGGAGUGCAAGGAUCUGCCAAGAAAACAGGGCAGAAGCCGGGUUUGACUGACGUCCAGGCCGAGUUGGACCGGAUGACUCGCAAACCAGAUCCCGUGGUUUCAGCUAACAACGUACCGCCAACAGAGAACGAAGCGUGAAGGCAACAACGACAACAACAAAAAAACAAAAACAAAAAAUACGGCUGCAUCGUCCACCGCGUUAAUACUCUGGAAAAAUAUAUGUACAUGUGAGCAUAAAAAAAAAAAAAAGAAAUUUGACCAAAUUCCCAACGCCUGUAUCAAGUCAGCACACACCGUCAGUUUCACCAAACGAGCUUCCGAUGCGAUCAGACGGCGAGACGGAACGAGAGAGAUGAUGACGCUGAUGACUCUCUCGUAGCGAGAUGAGGAAGUGCCGAAAGGCUUGGCUUUAUUUCUGUCUUCUCUUCAACUGUAAAUGCUAUUUUGUGAGGGAUGAAAUGUGUGCACACUCCCUGGCACCCCCACCCCCCAACACUCUGGGACAAAACACUGUCCUCGCGGACCUUGAAGGGUGAAAACAUACCUGGCCUCGUGGCCCCUGGUUCAGCUUAUCUCACGGAAGGAAUUUGGUCGCUAUUGGAAAGGUAUUUAAACAUUAAAUGUUAAGAAAAGUAAUUGAAAUACUUGCAAACAUAUGUAAAAAAAAAAAAAAAACAAUGUUGGAUAUGAUACUGAUGUAUUUAUACAAAGUUCCUCCUUUUGUUUUUUUGUUUUUUUCUGCGCCAUUUCUUGGUUUAAGGAAACAUUUAUCUGUGUCACACGUGUUUUAAAAAAAAAAGUUGCUGCCAUCAUGACACUAAUACGACAUGUCCACCCGGCUGAUAGCAUAUCGUUCGCCCUGCUCAUCUUCGAAGGAUUCUGUAGAUAUGAAAGCAGAAACACGAAUAUUCAGGUUAACUUAAUUUUGUACAAAAUGCAUUUCUGUCCAAAUAGCAAAAACGGCUUCAUUGACUAAAAUGAGGCUGCAUGGGAUUUUAUUUUCAUUUUAUUUUUUUUGUGACAGGCUUUGAGGUUGCAGCAGAGUUGCUUCUUGUGGUAAAGGUUUGUAUGUUUCGGGAGGGGCUUGGCAGCAUCUUUCCUACUAUUAACUCCUAAGUGCCUCGCACAGUUAGCCGUUUGCGUCGUAGUAGAGGUGCUUGUCCACACUAGAGGAAACGCACCGUAGCACCACUGCUAAGGCUUGUCUUCUUCUUUUUUUUUUGUCCCACCCUAAUAAUUUAUUUUGUAUCAUUUUUUUUUGUCAGUGUAUAAAAGCCUGUGAUCUGUUUUAUUUUUUAUUUUUCAGAAACGAGCUUUUCAGUGGCCUCUUCCAUAACGUUUAAUAGAGUAAAUGCCUUUAAAAGUGUACCAGCUGCUUAUAUCAUGAAGGAAAGCGGUGAGAACAGCUGUGGCUGAAACCCAUUCGUUCGCAGCAACUCGCGUUCGCCUCUACGCUGCGGUUUCGGACAAAAACAAAGAGAUCCCACACCCCUAAGUGUCGGGACGGCGCUCUCCCGCCUCUCCUCUCACAUUUUCUCUCACGCUGAACUUUGCAUGUCGGUUCGAUACAUUCCCGCUUUUCCACGCGAAGUCGGCGGAGGGAACGGACGCGUCCCUGCAGGAACGCCUGCUUGUCCGGUCGGGUCUUCUCGUAGCUUUGGCGUCCAUUUAAAGGACGACGUUUUGCCUUCAAUGUAAAGCUAACAGUUAGCCGCACUAGCCCCCUCCCCCCUCGCCUGACCUUUUGUGUGUCCUUAAGUGGGGGUUGCUUGAUUGUCUUCUUUCUACUGUUUUGACCUUUCACCUGCAGCAGGUGUACUGUACCAUAUCAUAAAACCUGUACGUUUGCUACCUUAAUCCGAAUGAACUCAGCACAAACUCCUCAUCGUUUGAGGCCCUGCUUAAUCCUAUGGAUAACAUCCCGUGUGGAGUGGCUUUUACUGAAUCACGGUCUGGGGGGGGAAGCAGCUGUUUGAUAUUCAACUGUAACGAUUGAGGCGGCGGGGGGGGGGGUCGAGCUGGUGGGAACUGGAACCUGUAACCAAAGAUGCACGUUAGUCGCUACCGUCUGCAUUCGUAUGUCUUCCAUUAGAUUAACCAGGGGCCUUUUCCUGUGCUACUCUCGUACGAAGCUCUUGCAUUCCACACAUCAGACCUGCCUUUUAAAAAAAACGGCCUGUAAAAGUGGCCGGAAAAAGCUCCAUCUGUUCGCCUGCGUCUAUAUAUUUGGGAGGGGACAAAAAAAAUGGGCCUCUACUGUAUUUUGUUGCUGUAGGUUUAUGGAACGUUUUUUACAACAAGCCACUUUAAAACGACGACAACUUUUGGCCUACAGGGUUUGACGUUUAAUUUACAACUUUUCGAGCUCUAAGGGAAGAUCCUCAUCUCUACGUUGGUCGACUGGCUGCUUUAUGCUUAAUCCAAAACACGAUUAACUACUUUAUAUUUACUUUGCUAAAGAUGAAGCUCUUAAGGUGUUUUUUUUUUUUUUUUUUUUUGUCUGUAGUUGGACUGGACGAAGCACAAUUUAUGAUCAACUAGAAGCAGCUUAUCACGUGUUAAAUAAGCACUUCUCUUUAGACAUUUGUAGAAGUUUCCCCAUCUCUCUCUUUUUUUUAUUGAGAUUAGACUGAAUUCCCCCGUUCAGAAAAACGGGGGAAGAAAUUCGUACAAUUUUAUAAGCGGCAGCGUUUAGUAUUAUGGAAAAUUGGUAGUGCAGUACAUUUAGCUCAAGUCUGCCGGCGGUUGUUAAAUGGGACACCUUGAACUUGAAAACUACAUUUUCUGUCUAUCAUUUUGCUCAUGACUUGCCCUUUGUGUUUACUUUCAAAUUGUGCAUGUUUUUUUUUUGUUUUUUUUUUUUCCAAGCAAUGGUUUUUGCCUUUCUGAGUUUUCAGUUUAAAUGGAUGCCUCUGCCCUGACUGACCACCCCUGAUUUGUUUUAAUUCAGGCAUUUAGCUGAGUGGAGUGAAGCGCUCUCAUGCUGCUCGGAGUCAGAGUUGCACUUAUUCUUCGAAGAUUGGAGUUUGUGUCGAUCGUUUAGGAAAAGAAAUAAAGACAAAUUAACUUUUGUACUCUGGUGUGAGCUGAACUCAGCUGCCUUGUCACAUCCUAACUGAAUGGCCUUCAACCACUAUUGACUCUACAUCUAUGCGAGACUAUGAGCUUCUGCUUCCAGUCCUUUUAUAUUCAGGAUAUCGAGACAUUUUUAAGCACAUGGCUGGCUCUUUUGUGUCCUGGAGUAAUUCAGAAGGUUGAUUGUAUAUUGUCUUUUAACACAAUUCUGUAGCCUCUAAGCUGCCAUGUGGAUCCUAGCUUCUUAUGCUGACAAAGAUAAGGAAAAUGUUUAUCAGACCCCUGGCUUCAAUAAAACCAAGAAUCCUA